AGUUGUUCCAACUUCGAUCAUCGAGAAUACCAGUCUCUGGAAACGGGCCGAUAGGCCAAGUUCUUGUAGGAUCAUUGCCGCAUAUUGCACUACUUCCAUUUCCAUAGAGCCUCCUACGAUUCAAGGGGUAAGCACCAAUGCAAAUGUCUGACAACCCGGUCAUCAACCCAACUUUUAUGGAUUUAGCUUCUUUUUGGCCCUGUCACCAAUCUUCCAACAAGCUUUGAACGUCCUAGUUUGACAUGUCUUCGCGGAGUUUAAGGCCCAUGUCCCGCUGUCAAAACUCCAGUUCCUUUUGUCACUCGCUUGUUUUCCGUUUCUCUCGUAUAAUACACAACCAACAUGUUUGCGCCCAUAGGCCUCGCAGUCUUGUCACUCUUUCCAUUCAGCAUAUCUGCUCAGUCGUGUUUCUUCCCUAAUGGUGAUACAGUUGAUUCAGAUACCGCGUGUAACCCAAACUCCAUAGUAUCCGCCUGUUGUUUCGACGGCCAAGCAUGUCUCUCGAACGGCCUCUGCGUCUCAGGUACCGAAGCGCGAACCCUCCUCCACCUCUCCGCCAACAACAUCUAAUCCACAUCACAAAGACCCAAACAACUCGACCCUCGCCCGCCUCCACCGCGGCACCUGCACAGACAAAACAUGGAAGAGUGGCAACUGCCCACGACACUGCCUCGACAUUGACAACAAUGGCGUUCCGGUG